AUGCCAACGCCAAGUUCCUCUAGCAGCGAUGAGACAGAUAAGGAGCCCAGCGGGAGCCCACGCCGUCCGCUUCCGCAGGUGAAGGUUCCCGUAUUUCCGGAAUCAAGCCGACCGCAGGGACAGAAGAAGCGGGUGCGUGACGCAGAGACGCCGGAGACAAGGCGCCGACGAACGGAGAAGAAGCGGAAAGCUUACACCGUCAAGGAGAAGCUUUACAUCGAGGAUCAUCUGAUCCUCGCUCACCUCCGCGAUAAGGCGGAGGUGGAGGUGCUGGAGGAUGUGUGCGAGGAGGAGCUUGAGGAGCUCGUCCUCAACCCGUUCUAUCCUGACCCUGCUGCCCCUUCGAGCAAGGACAAGGAUGCUGCCUCCUCUUCAGCUGAGGAGGAGGAGGAGGAGGAGGAGGAGGAGGAGGAGGAGGAGGAGGAGGAGGAGGAGGAGGAGGAGGAGGACACGGACGAGGAGGAGGGGGACGAGGAGGACGAGGAGGGUGAGGAGGGUGAGGAGGAAGGCGGUGCAGAGGUGGAGGGUGGAGCGGGUGAGGAGGAGGAUGAUGGCGAUGAGUGGUGGGCAGAAGGGCGAUAUGAGGGGGAGGAGGUGGAGAUCUGGGUUGCUGGAGAGGAUUAG